CGUGACGGGUAAACGGACCAGCUGAUGGUCAGUGAUGGCAGAUGGCAGUUGGGCCGUUGUUUCUCACAAGCCGAAACGUUUCGUUCUGUAAAAAAAAUGGCUAAAAUCGCUGCCCUUACGGGAAGAUUCUCGUAUAUAUUGAAAUCGGCAACGUCUGUCAGCAUGGCAAAGGCUAUUUCGACGAGACUUUACAGCAUGUAUCCUCCAUAUUACAUAAAACCGACUUUCAAAAAAGAAGAAAUAGCAGGACUGAUAGAAUCCGGUGAAGUUCUAGAAAUAGCUCACACUCCUAUUUUGCCAGCGCAUACAAAUAACACUUCAUCCGAAUUUCAUGAUCCCGCUGUAACGAAAUUCAUCAAUUUCAUAAUGAGGAAAGGUAAUAAAAUUUUGGCCAGAAGUUUAUUGGAAAAAACAUUUGAGAAUGUGAAACGUAUCCAGCUGAAAAGUUAUCACUCUACAAAACCAGAAAAUAAACAUAGAAUUGAGUUAGAUCCUGUUAAAGUAUUUCACCAAGCUGUUGAAAAUGUGACUCCGAUUAUGGAGCUGUUGAAGAUGAAACGAGGAGGAGUGACCUAUCAAGUGCCUGUUCCUAUUUUAGAGAAAAGACAACGUUUUCUUGCAAUGAAUUGGCUUAUACAAGCAGCUAAAGAUAAGGAAAAGAAAGUUCACUUGCCAGAGACUUUAGCCAAGGAACUUGUUGAUGCUUCUUAUAACCAGGGUCGUGUGGUGAAGAAAAAGCAAGAUCUUCAUAAGCAGUGUGAGGCAAAUCGUGCUUAUGCUCACUACCGAUGGUUGUAAUGAAUUUUUCAAGUAAACAAUAUUACACAUUUUUUGUAAAUAAACAUAAUUACAUUAACAAUCUAA